AUGGAAGUACAGUUCGAAUUUCAACACGAGAAUAACUGUAAAUGCGUUGACACGAAACUUGUUAAUUUGGGCCUAAUUUAUACACUUUGCUCAGCUCUGGAAGAAGGGGACAGUCUAUGUCAUAUUUUACAACCAGCAACUUACCUUAAAUAUACAAAAAAAUGUAUUUCCUUAACGUUAAGUAGUUUUGAUCUAAUCAUGGAUAUUGGUGUGAAAAUUGUUGUGCUAUUUUUGUUAUUUGAGUGUGUCGGGUGCAUAACCAACGAAACUUGUGGAAGUAAGGAACCAAGGGUAUUGUCAAGAAGUAAAAGGUAUCUACUGUUUCCUGAAGGCAGUUCAUUUCAGUUGGUAUUCUGCCUCCAAACAACCGCCCUCAUCCCUAUCGCCGACAUCUUCCUUAUCGGCCAAACAGCUGCCCUUGCGUGGGAAAUGCCCACGGAUCCUGCCAUCUUCCAUAUGUUCAAAGGGGAGAAAGUCGCUCAGCGCAGAAAUGACAUUCAGAAGAAUAUCUACUACCUGAACAAGCACGGGGAGGUCAUAGCCAAAGUGCCCUAUAAGAGAAAACCCAUCAACCCCGUAUUCGCGAAAAGAAGCAUUGAAGACAAACCAACUUAUAAAGAGAAGUUAAAAAAGUUAAAAAUCGAUCGAGGGAAAAUGCACAAGACUCAACUGAAGGAGAAUUAUCUAAGAAAACAUCAUCUAGACAAAAGAUAUAUAGAAUUCCAUAGAAGCAGCCGGUUGAGUUUACUAGAGAAGUUAGAGACUUUCUUCAGUGCGUUAGGUCAGAAUGGAAGGCAAUGCGUUCUUUACAGACUAUGCAAGGCGGGGCAGGGAUAUACACAGCAGGGCACAUUCCUGCAGGAGACGCUUAGAACAAUAUUCACUUUACAGGAAUUAAAUAUGUUUUCCAGAUUACCUAAGGGUUCCUUCGAAGAAGAGUACGAUGAAGCCCACGCAGCGACUAAGGACUGCGACGAGCUGUACCCGUGCGAUGACUUCUCAGACUCCCAGAAUCUUUGA